GCUCGAGUCGCUGCUGCGCCGAUCGGCGAGUGCGCGAGCUUUUUCAGUACGACGACGAUCGCCCGACGAGGCGCAUAUAAAUUCGCGUACGUACGCGCACGAGAUACGUGCGUAUGCGCGUUUCGCACGCAGACCAUAAUACCAUACACACACUGGUCUCUCUUAUUCUCGAGGCGACGGAGCAGCGACGCGAAACAUGCCGGUAGCAGCAGCAGCAACGGCGGGGCCGAAAAUAAAACCGCGCGCCCAUAAAGUAGCGUAGCAGCCGGAAAUCGUCGCAGCGGUACACACGCACACACACACACACACACGCACACCGACUCGAUCUCGUAUGCGCUGUGGUGCUGCUGCUGUAGGGCCUGUUCAAACGUAACAUCGUCGCACGCGUAACGCGCGUUUCAAAGCUCGGAGUAGACAAAUAGGAGAAAGCCUAGCCGGCGCUGUCUAUUAAACCCGCGCGGGCGAGCUUGCGCGCCGACACCGGCGGCGGGCGUGAAAAAGUGAUUCGCCGGCCGAGAGACAUAAACGUGUUGUGUACAGUGUGUCGUCUAUCCGGUCCAGUGUGCAGUAUUAUUAUAAAAAAAAACUCGCGGAAUUCCCCGAAAAAAAAAGAAGAAGAAGAAGAAGAAAUUGAUUCGACGUAGCGAGAGCCAUUAAAAAUAAAAUCCGCGCAGUGCUUUUCGAGAUGGCACUCGGAUAGUAUUACACAGUGACGUUAUAUAGAUAUAAGCGUGUACAUAAUCAAUAGUGAAUAGGCGCAGUAGCGUGAAAGUGAAAUUUUUGGGGCACGAAGAGAAAAGAAGAAGCAAGUGUCAAGUGCAAUCGCGCGUAUGUGUAUGCAGCGAGCGUGCGGAUCGUUUUACAAGUGUAAUGGCCGACGAAAAAAGCCGCGGCGCCGAGAUCAACGAACGAUCGGACCGCGCGUCGACCGCGAUCAAGUCCAGUAAACAGUGUAGCAGUAAUAAUAAUAAUAAUAAUAAUAACGAUAACGUUAGAAAGAUCAACGAUAAAAUUGAUCGACGAUCGAGAAACGGCAAGAGCACGCGCAACACCAACAACGGCAACAACGUUAACGACAACGGGCGAGUUCGCAAGCGCAAGCGUCGCUUCGAGGCCGGCCCCUCGACGCCCGAGAGGCUACCGACUCCGCCACCGGAUCCUCGGGCGCUCGAGAAGCGACGCAAAUCCCUCGAGGUCGUCGUCGACGCGAGCGAAAGUCAGCGCCCCGAUGGCCUCGAGUCCGCGUUCCAGCAGCUCGCCGAGUGGCACUCGCUGUGCGAGCAGAUGCUCGAGCUGCGCGACGGCAACGCUCGGCUGUUCCAGCGGGUGCGCGAGCUCGAGCGCUGCAAGGUCGCCCGGCUGAUCGAGUAUUACCUGGCGCGGUGCGAGGCCGAGGUAACGUACGAUGACGCGAACGAGCCCGAGCCCGAUUACGCCACCGACGAGCAAUUGAAUUUUCAAUCGUCCGUCAUAAGCUCGAUUCUCGAGCAGUCGUCUUCGUCGAGUCAUCAUCAGCAGCAGCAACAGCAGCAGCAGCAGCAUUCGCACGAGUCUUCGGCCCCGUCGCCGUCCGUCAUGGCAGCGGUUUGGCCCACGUCGCUCUCGAGUCAGGAGCAGCUCGGCAACAACGUCGUCGUCUCGCGCGCCAAGAGCUUUCGCAGUCCGGUGCUGCGCCAGCGCAGCCGCUCGAUCGGCGAGGUGCAGCCCGCUCUCGGCCUCGCCAAUCACAACGGCAACAAGCGCUCCAGCUGUCAGAUACAGUGCGGCGGCGGCGGCGGCGGGCCCUACUACGGUGGCAAGAGCGGCAAGCGCAACUCCAUCGUCGGGCCCAUCGUCGGCACAUUUAGCCCUGGCUCCACCGGGCCCAAGGUCAGCAAGUGGACCAAGGUCAAGGCCGCCUUCAAAUGGGAGAAGGCCAACAUGGGUGUAGCCGCGCAGCCGCCGCAGAGCUUCAGCAGCAUCGUCUUCGAGGCCAUCGAGCGCGAGGCGGCCCAGCGACAGCUGCAGCAGCAGCAGAAUCGUCUGAAGCCGCCCGAGACAACGACCGCAACGGGGCUGCAGAUCGACAACGUCGCGACGACCGCCGCGACGACGACGGCGACGACUACGCCGAAUUCGGGCUCGUCGCCGAGGACUUACGAGCACUCGGGACCGCCGAGUCCCGGCAGCAUAUCGUCCUCGUCCUCCAUCGACGAUAUUUUUGACAGUCUGCGCGAGAGGAAAAGCAGCAAGAGUCCUGGUAUACGAGAGACGAUCGCGGUUCAGCAGCAUCUGCGGCGAUGCAGCGGUGCCUCGUACGACGGCGAAUUCGUCGUACCCUCGGCGAGACACGGCAUCGCGCAACUGUCCAGGGACAGUAUGCUCUGCAGACGCUCGGACCCGAGCCGCAGAACGGCCUGGGGCAAGGUCAAGGAGAUCAUUCAGUCGCGCAAGGAAAGCUACCGACGACCGAUUCCGCCGCAGCAGUCGCAGCAUCGGCUUGGUCCUCGAAACAGCGAGGACGGCUACUCGAUCUCCAGCCUCGAGUCGUCGGAAAUAUUGAACGAAACGGUGGGCUCCGAUCAGAAUCUGAAGCAGCAGCAGCAGCAGGUGUCGCGAUCGCAGACCACCACCAACGCGACGAGUAUCUGUUUGGAGGUGCCGUCCUCGUCGGCGUCGCAGACGAGCAAACCGGCGAGCCCCGUGGCCGAGGUCGAUCUCGAGCCGAGCUCGCGACGUCUCACCCCGACCCUCACCCUCACUCUGCCGUCCAGCGAGGAGCUGCGCAGCGUCUCGUCGCCCGAGUCCACCUCGCCGAGGACUUCGCGGUCGUUUCAUCAUCGUCGUCAUCGUCAGCACUCGAACUCGGCGACCGACGCCUCCGAGAGAUCGCCCUCGGAGGACCCGGACUCGACCUCGUCGGCGCCCAAGCGACAGCCGUGCAAUCGUCAUCGCUACGGCGUCGCCAUUCCGACGAGGCGAAAGUCUCUGAUAACGAUGUUCCCGACGUCGUUGUCGUCGGCAGGCAUCGAUGGCGGAGGUAACUCGUCGUCGAAGCCGCAGCAGCAGCAGCAGCAGCAGCAUCUCCAGCGCCACGACUCCAAGUGGAACAAAGUCAAGCGGGCCUUUCUGUCGGGCGCGUCCUCGGUGCCGCCCAGUCCCAGCCGCAUCUCCUCCUUCUUCGACGAAACCGACGGCGGUGGCGGCUACUCGGCCUCGGCCGAGGACCUGGACAACAACAAUUACGGCUGCUCGGGCGGCGGCGCCAGUCCCACCCACGUCCAGACGGACAUCCAGCGCAACGCGCAGAUACUCCACGACAAGCUCAGCGUCGAGUUCAAUCGCAAGAUAGUCGAGUGGAACAGACUCCAGCAGCAGAAGCAUCAGCAGCAGCAGCAAUGCGGCAGCAGUCGGAGCGUGGGCACGACCUCGCCCAGGGACAAGGACUCGGCCAACAUGCUGCUGAUGGGCGAGGAGCAACUGACCCCCGAGUUCAAGAAGAAGCUGCAGGAGUGGAAGCGCAUGAAGAAGGGGACGACGUCGACGACGACGCAGGGUGGCGGCGGCGCGGCGACGACCAGCUCGCCGGACAAUCAGCUGUUUCGCAAGCGGCUGAGCGACUGGCAGAUCUGGCGGACCAACGGCAAGAGCUCGUCCAGCGGCGGCGACAACAACAGCAGGGAGCCGGCUGCCUCGUACAGCGAGAUCGGUAAGACGGGCGUGUCGGAAGAAUUUCUGAAGAAGAUGGAGGAGUGGAAAAAAAUCAAGUCCGGCCGCUCGGACUUCGAGGAACAAAGUGGCGGUAAACAAAAGCAUCAGCAGCCGCGUCGAUCGAGCGACGCGACGCCACCUCGAGCCAACUUUCGAGAUCAAGGAUGGAGCACGAUCGAGGAGGAGGAAUUUCAGCCUCUCGACAAAUUCAUCCGCUCGUUGGAGCUCGAACAGGCGAGAAUGGAAAAGCAGAGGGAAAAGCAGCGGGAAAAGUCAAGGCAAAGAGAGCUGAGAUCGCGGCGUCUGGCGGCCAACAGCAACAACGUCAAGAAAGAGAUCCUGGUUCAAACGUCGACGGGCAGCUACCUCAAGUUCCAGGGCAUCUCGCAGGAGUUCAAGAAGAAGAUAUUCGAGUGGGAGAGGAGUCGGGGCAUCGCGCCCGAGUCCUCGACGCUCCAGCUGCUCGAUCCCAUACAGAAGACCUACUCGUGCGACGAGAGCCUGAGCUUCAAAUACAAAAAUCACCCGGCGGUUUUGAAGCGUUCCAAAUCCAUGAGCAGCGUGACGGAGAAAGAUUCGCGCGAGGAGGCGGCCAAUCGACAGGCGUCGUGCGUGUCCUUGACCGAUCUGACGAAUCUAGAGAAACCAGCCAUUUUGGAGCGAGCGCAGAGAUGCGAAUCGAAGCGGACCGAGCUGGUGGAUCAGGAUCAGGUGGACGAGCUUCUGUCGCUGACGAGGGCGGCGGGAAUCGACUCGGACGAGCCCGAGGCCGUGAUCGUCGACAUCGAGGACGUGAUCGAGGAGACGGCCAGUCCCAUGGCCAAGUUCCAGCCGCAGCAGCAGCCCGUCUACUCGGUGCAGACCAGCGUGACGACGAGCAUAGCCGUGCCCGUGGGCACGGUGACGGCCAGCCACGAGCCCGGCCCGCUGAUACUCGUGCGCCGGGACGACGACCGUCGCGAGGCUCAUUACAAAGAUCAUGGACGUUACAAGAAGCGAACGGAGAUGAUGGAAAUCGACGAGAUCGGAAGAGCGGCCGCCGUUCAGGAAUUCGAGCAGCAGCAGCAGCCGCCGUCGAAUAAUGACAGCACCGAGGUGCACGACGAAAACCGAAAGAGAAAAUUCAAGACCACCGAGACGAAGGUUUACGAGACCAUCGUCGAGGAGGACGCGGCCUGCUGCGCCAGCUCCGUAGCCGCCACGGGCGAGGAGUAUGAGGUGGCGAAAAAGAAGCCACCGCCGCAGCCGCCGUCGCCGUCGCCCGGUGAAUCCGCCAGCAGCCAGUCCGACGUCGCGACGAGCUUGGAGGCUAAAUUGGACGAGCUUCUCAAGAAAAGUACGUCGGCGAGGGCAGUAGCGGCGGCAGAUUUCAAGGAUCGCGAGAGGUCGAUUUCUCAACGGAUCAAUGAAAUGCUACCACGGGUCAACGGCGACUCCGAGAUCUUGGAUAAGUCGAGGGCUAAUAAUUUCACCUCGUACAACGUGCCCUUGAAGAAGAGCGCGAAGAGCACCGCCAUAUACGUGGCUGAUGAAACCAAAGAAGUCAGCAGCAGUAGCAGCGAAGGUGCGAGAAAAUUACACGACUUAUACCGUCCCGACAAGGAUCAGACCGAUGCAGCGGCGGCGACGGAGGACGACGUCGUGAUCACGGUGAACGACAAUACGCGCCAGAAGAAGGUCUUGAAGACGCGUCGACUGACCGACACCCAAGUCGGCUACGAAUGGCGUCAACAACAGCAACAGCAGCAGCAGCAGCAGCAGGCACAGCAGGACACGGCUGGGGCAGCGAUCACGGUCUCGAAGUUCGCCGAGGUGCCGAGCGUCGAGCGCAUAAUCAUCAACGAGGACACCCUGAACAAGAUCGUCGUGCCCACCGCUUCGAACGAGAGGAUCUCCAGCUCCGAGGACGGCCACGGAGGUGGUGAGGUGGUCGCGACGCGACAUUCGUCCGCGGCAGCGCUGCGCGAAAACAAUUGCAGCGAUCGUCGCCGGAUACGCGACGGCAGCGGCGGCGGCUCCAAUAAGGAACGAGCGAGCGGCGGCGGCGGCGACGUCAAGCCCGAGUCGACGAACGUCUUCGUCAAGACGAAGCGCAUCAUCUUCUCGCCGUUCAGUCGGCGCAGCAACAAGGACAAAGCAGCAGCAGCAGCAGCAGCAGCUGAAAACGAAACUAAGAGAGAAGAGCAGCCGGUAGUAGCGGCAACGAGCGAUAGUAAAUCCGCCAACUCUUCGCCGGCCGUGACAGCUCGUCCAGGAGUAGUCCAGCAGCAGUCGAGCAUUCAGAAGAGCAAAUCCAGCCACGACUGUCCGUGCAUCGGGGAUCAAACGAAGCGUCCGCCGCUGCCGCAGUCGCCGAUACUCGCGCGCAAGGAUUAUCAUCAUCAUCAUCAGCAGCAGCAGCAACGGCGCAGCUCGCCCAAGGACGCGCCCGCGCCGAGCAUACGCAAGAUGAUCCAGCGCUACAAUCAGAAGCUGCAGGAGGACGCGAGCAGUCCGGCGAGCAGCGGCAGCGGCUCGCCGAUCUGGCGCUCGCCCACCAGCGAGCGACGCGUCAGGCAGCAGAUGGAGAGGUACCAGGAGGAGGUGAGCCGAGCCCUGGCCACUGGCACGACGGCGGCGACGACGGCGAGGCCGGGUCAUGGCGUGGAAAAGAGCGCCAGUACCAGUGUCGUGAUGCAGCAACAGCGACAGCAACAGCGACAGCAACAGCGGGUAACCGAGAUUCCGAAGAGCAGCAGUACGACGACGAUGAGCAACGAGGAAGACGAGCAGCAGCAGCGGAUGAUGAUGACGAAUCAGGAGAGGCGAAAGAGCAGCCUGAAGAACGCGGAAAUUUUCAGCAACAUACAGCAGAGCUUGGCGCAGGAGUACACGAUUUUGCCCAUCAAGAGUAGCUGCGACUCGCUGCUGCCGGCGGAAAAUGCGAUCGACGAUACCGUGGCCGUUGACGCCGCUAAAGGUUCCGUUCAACAGUCGACGGAGUUCGUGGUGCAGGUGGCCACCGCGGCAAGCGGCAACAACCACAACGAAGUAGCAGCAGCAGCAGCAGCAGCGACGAGCCUCGGUAACAUAUCACCGGAGCUCAUCUACAAGCUCGACGCUCUGUCUAGCGCAGCAGCUGCGGCGUCGUUGACUCGGGAUCAACGAUACUCGCUGCAGACCGACACCGAUCAUAAUCAUCAUCAUCAGGCCAAUUACAAGCGCUUGUACCACCCGAGCGAGAACUCGACGACGACGACGACGCCGUUGCGUUGGGUCCGAGCUCAACGCAUCAAGCAGGCCAAGGACGACUUUUUUUCGCGCGAGCCCAACAACUUUUAUCCACUGUGCAGCGUUAGCAACAGCAGCAGCAACGCGACGACGACGACGACGACGGUCGAGUCUCGUUUUCGUAAUCGCCACAGCGACACGUUGACGACGAUGAACGACAACGCCGAGACAACAACAGCAGCAGCAACAGCGACUGCAGCCUCGAGCUCGAACAGCGAGUUCGUCAAGUCAGCGAGCGCCGGCAUGAUCAACGUCGACUCGCGCACCUAUCAGCGACUGUCGAGCGCGUCCUCGGCCUCGAACGACAACAACAAUAUCACGCAUUCCAUUAACAAGAUCGAAAAGAGCAGCAGCAGCAGCGGCGGCAACACGACGACGACGACGACGAGUUCGAGCGUGGUCGAGGUCACCGGGACACUCAGCAGAAUAGCCAGCAAAUUUCGCCGUGCGAAGCUCAAGCGCAGCGGCGGCGCCAACAAGGACAGCAGCAGCGGCGGCAGCGGUGCGGCAGCCGGCGUCAAGAUGAACACCGUGUCGAUGCUCUGCCGGCAGAGUCUGCUCGUCGAUUUGCAUCCGGCUGCGGCCAAGGAGACGUCCAGCAAGAGCUGCCCGACCUCGCCCGCGCCCCUGCACAGGACCGACGACGACGACGACGACGACGACGACGACGUCUACAGGGUUAGAUACAAGAAUCAUCGGGACAGCAACUGAGGCAGAGCCGCCGACGAUGAUAUUUAUUUGUCCUGUGUGUAGGCUGUAUAUAGGCUUGUACAUAUAUAUAAUUCACGUAGGAUUUGUAAUUUUCCUUUUUGGCAAUAACGCACUGCUAUAUGUAAUCACCGAUGUGCUUUCGAUUUAUCAUAAAUUUAUAUUCUCGAGGAUGGAUCGCGAUACUCGUUUCGCGUGUCGAGUUUGCGAAGCGUGUUGUAAGAAAAUAAUCAUCCUUUUCGGUGCUUUACGUAAAACACGCGUACUUCGCAAUUACGUUUUUCUCAUAUCUUAGAGAUGUGAAAUAUUAUUUAGAAUUUCGCUACUAUCGAUUUUUUAACAAAAAUGAAGAGAAAUGGAG